AUGCAUUAUGAUUUUAUUUUAUUUGGUUUUUUUAAUUUAUCUAAUUCUUUUAUUUAUCGAUUUAUUUAUUUGUUUUUCUUCUUUUUUUUUAGCUAUUUAUUAAUUAUAUUCAUAUCGUUUUUGGUCAGUAUCAGCAAUAAUUUAUCGUUAAAUUUCAAUAUUUCUAUUCCGGUUUUAAUAAUUUUUCGAUCGGGUUCUUUAAUCGCUCAAUUAAUUAUGGGUCGAUAUUUGAGGAAUAAUUUUUAUUCGCAACGUCAGAUUGUUUCUGUACUACUUUUGACUGUUGGAAUAAUUAUUUUCACUUUGGCUGAUAUUAAAGAACAUCGAAAGAUAUCUAUUGUUAGAACAUCGAUUUUCCUUUUACCUUCGUCACUAAUAGCAUCACCCGGAAUUGCUUUACUAACAUUUGGUUUAUUUGCUUCUGCUUACCUUGGUAUUUGCCAGGAAAAUUUAUAUCAUAAAUACGGAAAACAUCAUGAAGAAUUAAUGUUAUUUGUUCAUUUACUCUCAUUACCUGCAUUUAUUUUUUUCUACGAAGAUAUCAUGAACGGUAUAAGCCGUUUGAAUUAUUCGCUACCAUUACAUAUGUUUGAAUUUCCAGUACCACGAUUGUGGAUAUCGCUGGUUGCUCUUUGUAUUUCGCAAUGGAUUUGCGUUAAAAAUGUAUAUAAGUUGACCUCAGUUACAAGUCCACUGAAUGUCACAAUAGUUGUGACUAUGCGAAAAUUUAUCUCAUUAACACUGUCAAUUCUUAUUUUUAAAAACGCGUUUAAUAUGAUACAUUUGGUGGGUGCAUUACUCGUAUUUAUUGGUUCCAUUCUUUAUACUGAUGAUAUUUCGCCUUUUUUAUUCAAAAUUAAGGAGAAAUUUAAGAAAAUAGUGCCGCUAUGA